UUUGAAAAAGAUAUUUCUCAGAUGUGCUUCUCGGGGCUACUGAGCGGCGUUCUACUCUAAGAACAAAACCAACCCUGUUACUCCUGAGAAAACCUCUCUUUUGGUUUCAGCCCUGGGCAGGCCAGGUCUUCAUGCUGCUGUGGGUGUCAGUGCUGGUCCUGGGUCCUGUCAGUGGACAAUUUGCAGCCACAUCCAAACCCGUGAUUUCCCUCCAUCCUCCAUGGACCAUCAUCUUCAAAGGAGAGGCCGUGACUCUGACUUGCCACGAAUCUCACUUCCAUGCAGCAGAGGACAAAAAAUGGUACCGGUGGUACCUUGGGACAGAAAUACUACGUGAAAUCCCAGGAAACACCAUCCAGGUCUAUGAUUCUGGAGAAUACAGAUGCCAGAUCCACAACUCGCCCCUAAGUGAUGGUGUGAGCUUGACUUUUUCUUCAGCUAAACUGAUCCUGCAGGCUCCCCGUUCCGUGUUUGAAGGUGACUCCGUGACUCUGAUGUGCCGAACAAAGAGAAACGUAACACUGACCAGAACCCUGUACAAGAAUAAUAAGGCACUGAUGGGCCUUGAUAAAAACUUCAGCUUCCACAUUAAACACUCAAGUCUGAAGGAUAAUGGAGAAUAUCGCUGUACUGGAUUUGAGGCCCCUUGUUGCUCUGUUUCUUCAAACACAAUCAAAAUCCAAGUCCAAGAGCUGUUUCCACGUCCCGUGCUGAGGGCCCACCCCUCCCCGGCCACCCCCGGGUACCCAGUGAGCCUGACCUGUGAGACCCAGCUCCCUCCUCAGAAGUCAGACGUCCAGCUGCAGUUCGGCUUCUUCAGAGACGGCCAGUGCUUGGUGUCAGGCUCAGAGAACUUGCUGAAAAUCUCAAUCCCUUCCAUUAUGGGAAGCAAAGACCCACCGUAUUACUGGUGCGAGGCAUGGACGGUGACCCCCAGUGUCCACAAAGAGAGCCAGAAACUCCAGAUACCCUUGCAGAUCCCCGUGUCUCGUCCUGUCCUCACCGUCAGCCCUCCUGGGGCCCACGCGGUUGAGGGACACAUGGUGACCCUUCACUGUCAAGCCCAGAGAGGUUCGCCCCGCAUCGUGUACCAGUUUUAUCACGGAGAUGUCCCCCUGGGGCGCAGCUCGGCCCCCUCUGAGGGAGGGGCGUCCUUCAGCCUCACUCUGACUGCAGAGCACUCUGGGACCUACUCCUGCACCGCGGACAACGGCCUGGGUGUCCAGCGCAGCCAGCCGGUGGUCCUGUCUGUCACUGUCCCCGUGUCUCGUCCUGUCCUCACCGUCAGCCCUCCUGGGGCCCGCGUGGUUGAGGGACACAUGGUGACCCUUCACUGUCAAGCCCAGAGAGGUUCGCCCCGCAUCGUGUACCAGUUUUAUCACGGAGACGUCCCCUUGGGGCGCAGCUCGGCCCCCUCUGAGGGAGGGGCGUCCUUCAGCCUCACUCUGACUGCAGAGCGCUCUGGGACCUAUUCCUGCACCGCGGACAAUGGCUUCAGCCCCCAGCGCAGCAAUGCCAAGAGCUUGUCUGUCACAGUCCCAGCAUCACGCCCCGUCCUCAUCCUCAGGACACCCGGGACCCGGGCCGUGGUGGGGGACGUGAUGGAGCUUCGCUGUGAGGCCCACAGGGGCUCUCCCCCGAUCCUGUACCGGUUUUAUCAUGAGAAUGUCAUCCUGGGGAGCAACUGGGCCCCCUCUGGAGGAGGAGUGUCCUUCAGCCUCUCUCUGACCGCAGAACAUUCUGGAAACUAUGCCUGUGAGGCCGACAAUGGCCUGGGGGUCCAGCGCAGUGAGGCGGCCUCACUCAGUGUCACAGUCCCAGCAUCGCACCCUGUCCUCACCCUCAAGGCACCCAGGACCCGGGCCGUGGUGGGGGACAUGAUGGAGCUUCGCUGUGAGGCCCAGAGGGGCUCUCCCCCGAUCCUGUACCAGUUUUAUCACGAGGAUGUCAUCCUGGGGAACACCUUAGACCCCUCUGGAGGAGGAGCGUCCUUCAACCUCUCUCUGACCGCAGAACAUUCUGGAAACUACUCCUGUGAGGCCGACAAUGGCCUGGGGCCCCAGCGCAGCAAGGCGGUGCCACUCAGCGUCACAGUCCCAGCAUCCCGCCCCGUCCUCACCCUCAGAGCGCCUGGGGCCCAGGUCUUCCCUGGGGACACGGUAGAGCUUCGCUGUGAGGCCCAGAGGGGCUCUCCCCCGAUCCUGUACCGGUUUUAUCACGAGGAUGUCACCCUGGGGAGCAGCUCGGCCCCCUCUGGAGGAGGAGCGUCCUUCAGCCUGUCUCUGACCGCAGAACAUUCUGGAAACUACUCCUGCGAGGCCGACAAUGGCCUGGGGCCCCAGCGCAGCAAGGCGGUGCCACUUUCCGUCUCAGGGCUGACGGGGAGCAGAAGUGGCCUUGUUGCCGGCGUGGCUGGGGGUCUGCUCACUGUGAUGGGCCUCGUGGUCGUGGCACUGCUGUUGUAUUGCCGGCUCCUCAGGAGAGCAGGAGGAAGAAUGACCUCUGACCCCUCUAGGAGCCCUUCAGACUCGGACCCCCAAGAGCCCACCUACUACAAUGUGCCAGGCUGGGUGGAGCUCCAACCGGUAUACAGCAAUGUCAACCCUAAAGGAGGAGACGUGGUGUACUCCGAAGUUCGGACGAUUCAGCAGGGGAACAGACGUGCAGGUAAGACCCGUGGACUUGACUUCGGACGUGCCAGCGGCCUCCACCCCUUCUGCAGGUCUGAGCAGACCAGACACAGAGCCACCCAUGCGAGGAUCACUGGCUUUCUUCAUUUGUGCCCACCUGCCCUGCUGGGGUCCCUGGCCCCACCAUGCAGGCCUCACUCUCCAUCCCUCACCGACAGCCUCGGGAGAGCCUGAGGGGCACCUGCCCUGUCAGGGCUUCGGCUUUCCUCGUUGUCAUGGGACACGGGGUCAGCAUUCCCGUCCUCCGACCGUCAGGUCCCUGAUGCACUAUCUUCCCAUGCUGGAAGUCAGAGGCCAGAUACAUGCCUCCCGGGCUCAUGUCGAGCCGUUGCCUGGCUGCGCUCCCUUCUGGAGGCUCCGAGGGAGAAAGUACUUCCUUGCCCUUUCCAGCUUCUCAAGGACACCCCUCCCCACAGCUCACGGACCCUUCCUCCGUCUUCAAAGUGGACAGUGGUGUGUGGCCUCCCUCUGAUCAUUCAUCCAAAGCCAGGUCUCCCUUUGAGCACAGCUGGGACAGUUCUCUGGUUUAAAGUUCUCCCUAAAAUCUCACUUGGAUAACCCGGGAUAACCUCCCAUCUCAAGGUGCUUAAUCUUGAUCACAUCCGAAAAGUCCCUUCUUGUGAGGUCACAUGCUCACAGGCUUCAGGGAUUGGGACACGGGAGUCUCGGGGGCACGACUCUGCCUCCCACUCUAACCCACAGGGUUGAGAAAGCAGACCUGGGGAUGCCGUCCCAGCAGCUUUGAGGAUGACUGCCGGUGGGCUGUCUGUGCCCGUCCUCCCCAGCAGGUGCUCGGCCAUGAAGGGCCCCAGCCCGGCUGCCGCCUGCACAAGGGAGACCUGCCUUUGGGGCAGAUUCCCUUCCACCUGCGCUCCAUAAGGAGUGCUGUGUGAUUUUAGCCAUUCUGCUUCCCUCUCUGGUUUUCUGACCCUCUUGUGUAAAGUCGAACGAGCUGUGUUUGUGCCCAUGCUUGGUUCAGUCAAUGGCUCACCCGUCAUACACCUGAACUCGCUCACACUCACAACCCACUUCGAGGUGAGUGUUGUGAUUACCCCGAUCUGAUAAAUGAGGGAACUAAGGCCAAGGACCUUAAGUGACCAGCCUGAAGUCACAAAGCCUAGAUGGCCCCUCCAAGCCAACAGGAGAGAGCCGCGUGCCAGAUGCCACAUUCCGUUCCGGAUUUAGGACGGUAUAUAAAAGUCAUCACCACGUCUAGCAUCCCAUCAGCAUGUGCUAAGACCCCAUGUGCCCAGUGCAGCUCCAGGUGCUGUAAGAAAGUGUGCUACGUGUGUCUGUGUAUUUAUUCAGAGCAGUCGGACCGUAUCUGGUGCACGUGACGGACGCUGGAAAAUACACACGCACGCACACAAACUCAUAUCAGUUUACAGUAACAGUAGAGGGGGACGAUGUUACGACUCCCACUGAAGGGACGAGGUCACCGGGACAGGAGAGGUGGCAGUACGUGCCGGCGGCCGCACAGGUGACCCGGCCGGGCUCUCCGCAGUACAUGCGAGGAGUCUGAGCUCAAAGCACUAACAAGAGAAAAGGUGGAUUCCUGCUGCCGGGCACCUGGGGAGCUGGGAGUGAUGCUGAGGGUGGGCUGGGCCCCCCAGAGGCCGAGGUCUCAGGACAGGGUGCUGGCGAUACAGGGAGGCUGCUGCCUGGGUGCGGGGAGGACCCGGGAUGGGACGGGACUGGUGGGGACGUGGGGCCGGGCGAGAGCGCUGGGCCGUCUUUGCCAGCUGAGCGCUGCUCUUCUUCCCGCAGUGGCUUCAAACUCCGCAUUAAGGCUCCUCCGGACCUACCUGCCGUCCCGCAGCCCGGCCGCCAGCCGGCAGCCUUCCAGACCCCAGAGCUCCUCGGUCAUCUACUCCCAGGUGAAGGUGGCCUCCCUCCCAGCCUCCGUGUCU